AGUAGCACCUGUUUCCUUUGUUUUCCUUAGCAACUUCCUCACUCAGCUUCUGGUAGUUAGUAUUGCUCGGAACUGAAUCUCGGGGGUUGACGGUGUCAGCUGGUUCGCGUUUCUUCAGUCGUGUAUCAGUAUUAAUCAGUAUUAAAUGAAACAGUACAAUAAAAAUGUUCGAUUAAAUAUUACGUUUUUAGGUAUACAUUGCGAAGUCGCGUAUAAAAUACGAGAAAGUUACGUAUAAAACACAUAAAACGUAGAGUAACGCGAAUUACGGCACGUCGGAGCGUCAAGGAAGCGCUUUCCCAUCGUAGCACACACGGAAACGUCAUUCGCUUAUACUUUCUAUAGUUCGCGAAGUGCAGUAUUAUAUAAAUAAUACGUCUCAAUAAUUUCGGCGCGGUAGGGGAUCAUUUUUUCGCGCGAUAUAUGUAUACAUAUUGACUUGAUUUAGUAAAAUGGUAUAUUGGCUACCGAGGAAACGUUUCUUGAAAAGAUUUCUUACAACAAGUCGGUGGAAUUAAGUUUGAUCCGAGAAAGGAUUUGCGACGAAAAGGUAUUAACAACUGGUAACUACUAACAAUCAUGAAGUCAAGUUACCUACUAUUAGCAGCAGUGCCAUUCGCCAUCCUUGAUAUUUGGUAUACAGGAAUCUUUUACCAAAUUAACAAUCAUCACUAUACGCACAUAAAUANUUUAGCUGGGCUUCUACCCAUAAUUUUUCAUUAUUCCUAUACCAUUCAAAGGAAAAUAUUAUUUUUAAAUUUUGUUCAAUGGCCACUUAAAACGGACUUUACUGACCCAGGAUCAGUUGGACUAGAAGGUGCUAGAAAUUUUUAUCUAUAUACAGAUCAACAAGUAAAAAUAGGUGUAUGGCAAAUAUUACCACGGUCUUUAUUAAAUAAUUCCAUCCCUGCAACAGACGAAGCUUAUGAAGAAUUUCUAAGUGAUGCCAAGCAUCCUGUGUUCUUGUAUAUGCAUGGGAACAGUGGUAAUAGAGCGAGUUCACAUAGAGUUGAACUUUAUAAGCUUUUCCAAGAUUUGGAUUACCAUGUCAUAUGUUUUGAUUAUAGAAGCUAUGGCGAUAGUGACGUAGUUGAACUAUCCGAGACAGGCGUAGUUAUGGAUAGUAAAUAUAUUCUUGAGUGGGUAUUGAAGAAAGUUAAUGGUACAGCGCCAGUUUUCGUUUGGGGUCAUUCUUUAGGAACUGGAGUGUCUACACAUGUAUUAGAUCUGCUGACAGCUGAAAAUAUACAACCAACCGGGUUGUUUCUGGAAGCACCAUUUAAUAACAUAGCUGAUGAAUUAACGGAACAUCCAUUUGCGCAGAUAUUCAAACAUUUACCAUGGUUUCACUGGGUGAUUGUUGAGCCCUUUUACAAAAAUAAUCUGCGAUUUGAAUCUGACAAACAUAUCGCCAAAAUUGAAUGUCCUAUUAUGAUAUUGCACGCUGAAGAUGAUGGUGUGAUUCCAUUUUUUCUGGCAGAAAAGCUUUAUCAGGCGGCCAUAAAUAGUCACAAGAAUGGUACAAGUCGAAUUCAUAUGAUAAAAAUAGAUUCAUCUUAUGGGCUUGGACAUAAAUAUAUCUGUAGAUACGAGAAAUUGCCUCAAAUAAUAAAGACAUUUGUCGCUAAAACAUAUGGGAAUUCAACAGGAUAACUUAAAACAGCUACAGAAACUUAAAUUUAUAUUAUUGUCAUGAUAAUAAGAAAUAAGAAUUGACACAAGAAUAUUCAGGCUUAUAGUUGGCUAACAAUUGAUUUACAUGUAAGAGAGAUACAUGUAAUUUUUGAGAUUGAAAAGAUGGCAUACAGUAAAAAUACUUUCAUUAUUUAUACACAUAUUUUUCGUUUAUAUUAUAUGUUAAAUUUCUAAAAUAUAAACAAUACUUUCAUUAGAAUAUUUAUGCACUGAUUGUACUAUAUUUAUGUGUAAAAUUUAUUUAAAUAUAUUUUUAUAUAUGUGGCAC